CACCAACGACAUUGCCAUUGCUUUUCAUGUCUUGGCCCUUUUGGCUUGUUGUUUGUCUCUUUCCAUAUUCUGUUUCGCUUAGUUUGUAUUUGAAUCUUCUCCAUCAAUAGGCACCAAUCCAAUACCUUGUCUUGCCAUUUUUUUUGCAUUCAAUAUUCAUCAACAUUGCUUUUGUUGUAUCUUCAUUUUAAUAGUCUCUGUUGAUUUUUGGUCACUAAUGGGUCGUGCUGGAGCAUUAAGUAGUUCUCCAAUGCUUUGUGCUCCAUUAAUGGCUCAAUCUGUUGAGCAAAUGAUUACUGACAUGCAUCGCGCAAAGACACAGGGUGCUGACGUUGUUGAGGUCAGGUUGGACUAUCUCAAGAACUUCCAGCCUCGCCAAGACCUCGAAACCAUCCUCAGAAACAAGCCUUUGCCGGUGGUUAUUGUGUAUCGGCCAAAAUGGGAAGGGGGCCUGUAUGAAGGAGAUGAGCACAGAAGACUGGAAGCACUUCGUCUGGCUCAUGAAUUGGGAGCUGAUUAUAUUGAUUUUGAACUCAAGGUGGCUUCUGAUUUGGUAGGGGAGCUGAAAAAAACACAUCAAACUGGUAGCAAAGUUAUUGUAUCGUGUUAUUUGAACCGUCCAACUCCUUCAAAAGAAGAACUUAGCCGUCUGGUUGGGAUCAUGCAAGCUACUGAAGCAGAUAUUAUCAAAGUUGUUUCCUGUGCAGAUAAUAUUACAGAAUUGGAAACACUUUUCCAUUUGCUUUUACAUUGCCAGGUACCAAUAAUUGCAUACUCCGUGGGGGAAAGAGGUAUCAUAAGCCAGAUAUUAGCUCCAAAAUUUGGUGGUUCUUUAGUCUAUGGAUCCCUGGAAGGAAGUUCAAUUCCUGGUCUGCCUACUUUAGACAGCCUUACAGAAGCCUAUAAGGUUGAGUCCAUAAAUUCAGAAACUAAAGUUUUUGGUCUAAUUUCUAAACCAGUUGGCCACAGCAAAGGUCCCAUAUUGCAUAAUCCUACCUUCAGACGUGUGAACUAUAAUGGAAUUUAUGUCCCAAUGUUUGUUGAUGAUCUCAAGGAAUUCUUUAGUGUCUACUCAAGCCCUGACUAUGCUGGUUUUAGUGUUGGAUUUCCGUACAAGGAAGCUGUUGUCAAGUUUUGUGAUGAAGUCCAUCCACUUGCAAAGUCUAUAGGUGCUGCAAACACCAUUGUUAGGAGGCCUAGUGAUGGGAAGUUGAUAGGUUAUAAUACAGAUUGUGAGGCUUCAAUAACUGCUAUGGAGGAUGCUUUAAAAGAACAAGGAUACAUCAAUAGCAAAGCAUCUCCUAUCUCUGCACUAACAGGAAGACAGUUUGUGCUAGUUGGGGCUGGAGGGGCAGGAAGAGCACUUGCAUUUGGUGCUAAAAGUAGGGGCGCCCGUAUAAUCAUUUUCGAUGUUGAUUUUGAGAGAGCAAAGUCUCUGGCACAUGGGGUUUCGGGUGAAGCUCAGCCUUUCGAAAAUCUAGUUCAUUUCCAGCCAGAGGAUGGAGCAAUCCUGGCAAAUGCAACACCUUUAGGAAUGCACCCAAAUACAGAUAGAAUUCCUGUGGCUGAGGCAACCCUGGGGAUCUAUCACCUGGUCUUUGAUGCUGUCUAUACACCUAGAAAAACCAGACUAUUAAAAGAAGCCGAAGCAGCAGGAGCAAUCAUAGUAAGUGGGGUUGAAAUGUUCCUUAGACAAGCAAUCGGCCAGUUCAACCUCUUCACGGGCAGGGAAGGUAUCUCUUCAACUUUGAGGACAAGUUGGAAGCUAGCUUAAAAUACUUGUUUUAUGGCUGUUCUCAAUCCUGACUUGCUGCUGAGUUUUGUCCUUCAUGAUUUUAUUGAAUUUCGAUAUCCAUCUCGUGCCACCGUGAAAAAGCAGGUGACCCAAAAUUGUUUUUUUGUUAACUGGUGUCUUGAGGUUAUCUAGGAUUAGAUGUCAGGGUUAAAUCUCACUAGUAGCAAUCCCUCUCCCUCAAUACUCCAAAACAAAGAAGUUGCUUUCAUUUGUGCUCAGAGAACCCUCAAAACAAACAUGUUCUGAUUGUUUUCUGUGUUCACUAAUAUUAUAUAGAUGAUCUCACUUUUGCUGGUUUGCUUUUGCUUUCUGUUUUUUGGCAGCACCGAAAGAUUUCAUGCGAGAGAUUGUUUUAGCCAAGUUCUGAAGCAUCGCAACACAAGAAAACUUCUGUGAUGUGGAAUCUCACCCUGUCAUUUGCAGUUGUCUACCAAUAAACCGAAGCUGAUGAACUGUUCAAACUAGCUUCAACAUUAUCUAGUUGGUGCAGCUUAAUUCAUUGCCAAGCAAAGACCUAGCUUAGUUUCCAACAAUAACUAAAAAGUAAAGCCACUUACUGGACCAGAAAUAGCAUUUUCUUGGACAAAAAUUCAUAACAAUACAAAUUGUUAAGUAUUAAAAAUAAAAUAAACCUAAUUUCAGUAUUCAUCAUCUUCCUCCUCCAUUCUAUUCUCUCAUAUUCCUGUAAACAAAAUUCUGUGGAAAACUAGUGUCUGGUGAAAAAUUAUAGUAUAUGUGUCAAUUUUCCA